AUGGGGGUGAUGAACAUAAACGAAAACCACUCGACAGAGGCAGAAGAAAGUAGAGACCGCAUCAACCCAGCGGACACGGCUUGCGGGAUUGGUCCGUGCCGUCCGAGAUUCAUUCAAUGCUGCGCCCAUCUUCUACCUUUCUCCUUCAUCUUUGGAUUCCAGACCAUGUUGACAGGUUCUUUGUCGUUUUACCUGUCCUCUCAAAUUACCACCAUUGAGAAACAAUUCGACAUUUCCAGCACUGACAGCGGAAUCAUUCUAGCCGGAAAUGACAUUGGUUUUCUCGUUUCCGUUCUUUUUAUGAGCUAUUUAGGUCACAGGGGCCACAUACCUCGGGUGUUAUCGAUUUGUGGAAUAUUAUUUGGGCUUUCUGGGCUCCUCUGUAGUCUUCCACAUUUCGUCUUUGAUGGACGUUCAACUCUCGACAGAUCCAGAAUAAUUACUAACUCAAGCAAUAAGGAUUCAUUAUGCCAACCGAAAGCUCAAAAUAUUACGUCAAACUGUGACGUCAUUGAUCCAAACGAACACGUCUCUCAGUCAAAAUGGGUUGUGCUUUUUAUCACCCUUUGCUACGUCAUUCAAGGAGUUGCCAAAUCGCCAAGAUCUUCACUGGGAACGGUCUAUUUAGACAGUUCAUCCGACAAAACCAAAACUGGCCUGUAUUUAGCAAUAUCUACAUCAUUUGGAAUUUUUGGGCCUUUUUUUGCGCUGAUAAUGGGUGGCCUUUUCGGAAAAAUACCUGUUAAUUUGAAAGAGACAACAAUGACCCCGGAAGACCCAAGAUGGAUCGGUGCCUGGUGGUUGGGGUUUAUUGUUUUUGGAUCUUUGGCUCUAAUUCCGUCCAUCCUGGUUCUAUUCUUUCCCAGAACCAUACCGGAACCGGAAGUAAAAGACAAGACAAAACGCAAGGAAGAACAGACACCUGACGGGAAAUCAAAGAAAAAAACAGAAUAUUCUCUUUUGGAAUUAAUCAAAACUUUUCCACUUGUACUAAAGAGGCUACUGAAAAACAAAGUCUACUGGUUGUGCGUUGCGGUUAACUCAAUAAAGCUGUUUGGAAUUAUUGGUGUAAAUUCAUUUGGACCGAAGUAUAUUGAAAAUAUUUUCAACUUACCGUCGUGGAAAGCAAACACUAUUCUGGGUGUACAAACUUUAGUGACCGGAUGUUUAGGGACAUUCCUCGGAGGUUUUAUCGUAUCACGUCUCAAACUGACCAGAAGCAAGUGCUUGAAGAUGCUUCUGAUUCUCAGUGGUGUCACUGCCGUCUCUCAGAUGGUGAGCAUUUUCCUUGGAUGUAAGAAUCAUACAGUUAUGACGGAAAGAUCCACAAAUAUUUCAAACAAAAUGUGCCAUUGUAAUAAUGCAGAGUUUCUGGGUCUCUGUUCAUCUGAAGGACAGACAUUUUUCUCACCUUGUCAUGCUGGUUGUACAAAUGUUACUAGAAAUGUCUAUUUUGACUGUCACGCUGCUAAAGGUAACCUCUCUCCCGGAAUAUGUGAUUCCGGAUGUAAGUUUCUCGUCCCUUACCUGAUUGCCUCCACGAUCGUAAUCAUCAGUGGAACUAUGAGGAUAAUUCCAAUGUAUACAGUCCUACUGAGAUCUUUAAAGGAAGAGGACAGAUCUUUUGGCAUGGGUUUACAUUCAUUUAUUUUGUCCUUGAUUGUGUUUCUGCCGGCCCCUAUUGUCUAUGGAAAACUGUUCGACGGUACCUGUCUAAUUUGGAAAGAAACGUGCGGAUCCAAAGGAGCGUGCCAGUUGUAUGACAUAGAAAAUAUGCGUUUUACUGUCAAAAGUGUGGACUCUCUGCUGGCAGCCAUUUCUUUUCUGAUAUCAAUUCCAACAUUUAUCAUCGCACGGAAAGAAAAAGAUAAAGAGGAAUUAGUACAUAAAGAGAAAACCAAAGAGAUUAAUCUACAAUCUAUUGAAUCAACUGAAGAGAAAAGACUUGCAGAUGUGAAAAUUUGA